AUGAGAGCAGCUUCAGUUUUGCUGUUCUCGUGGCUCUGCCCGUUGGCCUCAUGGGCUGUUGGGGUGGAAAUAAUUGUUGGAAGGGACCAGACCGAGUCCGACAUCAGGACAGAGGUGAGGAGUCUCAGACAGAUGGUGGUGGAGCAGCAGGUGGAGCUGAGGAACAUGCAGGCCAGGCUGAAGCAGGCAGAGCUACAGGCAGGUGAGCAGGAGUUGGGCCUUCUCCAAACUAAAAACCGCUUGGAGAAGACUGGACUUCUAAUCAAAGACAAUGCAAAGGUGGCCUUUUAUGCUGCUUUGACGGACUCAGAAAUCGUGGGGCCUCACAGUUCUCCAACAGUUCUGAAGUUCAGCAAGGUCUUCACCAAUGUCGGCAAAGCCUACAGCGCGACCACUGGUCUCUUCACGGCACCGGUGAAAGGAGUGUACGUUUUUAGAUUCACCAUCUGUGGCUACAUGAAGGAGGGCGUCACAAUGGGAGUGCGACUAAUCCACAACGAGAAGUCCAUUGUGUAUAAUUUACAGACCUGGUCUCAUGAGCGUUAUGGUUUUGAACAUUUGCAGUACCUGUCCAAUGCCGUUAUCCUAGAGCUGAACGUCGGUGAUGAGAUACACUUAGUUCUGCCAGAAAACGAGACCGUCUAUGAUAAUUACAACAGUCACAGCACAUUCAGCGGCUUCUUGCUUUUCAGUAUGUGAUGUCAAUUCAAUACAUACAUACAUCCACACAUUUUUUUCCAGAAGAUAAGACACACACAUAAAAGAAUGAAAAAUAAAUCCAGAUCAAUGAACACAAUUUUAGGACACAUAAUGAAAAUCAAAUGAUGAUUUUAACAAGUGCUGAAAUUAUCUGGUAAGAGAAUGUAAAAUAUGAACAAUGAAUGUUUAUAAUCAU